GGGUACAACCACCAGUCGGCCUUUGGCUUUUGCUGAGUGAGGUGUAGUGUCGUUAGGCAACCGGUUCAACGUUCUGCAAUCUGUUUGCAGUCGAAGCAAGACAGAGUCACGCGCGAGGAUGAGGACCGGUUCCCGUGGAGACCGCAUCAUGACAACAGCAAGAUCAGUGAUCGUCACUUUCAGCUGUUUUCUACUGCUCUACUCUAACGAAGGGGCCGGAGCUCAACAGCGACCGAACGGAAGGCCUAGGACAGUGAAUGAUCUGGUCAACACGACUUCGUGUAUUCAACAGCCUUACACGUGUCCACACCCCCGCAUAGAGUUCUAUCUAUACACACGGGACACACAGCAGAACCCAGAGCUACUGAACUCGCUCCAGGCCAGUUCCUUGUACAGAUCUCGGUUUAAUGCAAGCCACCCCACGAAAAUUAUCAUACAUGGCUUUGGCGGCGGCCGCCAUCUUUCUCCUAGCACAGAUCUCAGAGACGCCUACUUCACACGUGGUGAAUACAAUAUCAUUAUCGUGGACUACUCGACGCUAGUCAAGGAACCAUGCCUAAGCCAGAUCAACUGGGCGCCUCGUUUCGGGGCCAAGUGCAUCGCGCAGCUGGUGGAUUAUUUGUCCAAUCAUCCCCGUGGUGUGCCCCCCGACGUCCUGCAUCUCAUUGGCUACAGUGUCGGCGCCCAUAUCGCGGGGCUAGUUGCCAACUAUAUCAACAAGGGGAAACUGGGGAGGAUCACGGGUCUGGACCCCACCAUCCUGUUCUUCAUGGGGAACAACAGAUCUCAUGACCUUGACCCGACGGAUGCUCACUUCAUAGAUGUGAUCCACACAGGCGCAGGCAUACUGGGCCAGUGGGGGCCCAACGGACACGCAGAUUUCUACGUGAAUGGGGGAACGAGCCAGCCCGGGUGUGCUCAGAAUUCCAUCCUCAGAACUCUGUCCUGUGACCACACCAAGGUCACGCCGUACUUUAUCGAGUCGAUCAACAGCAGAGCUGGCUUCUGGGCUGUGCCCUGCCCCAGUCAGUUCCUGUAUUAUCUGGGUUUCUGCAACCCGCCCGAAGACCAGUACGUACUCAUGGGAGAACACGUGUCCCGGAAAGCGCGUGGAGUGUACUACCUCAGCACUAAUGCAAAGAAACCAUACGCCAAAGGAUUCCCAGGGGGCAGACGCCUUGCUCUCAGGGAUGCAAAUACAAGAAGCUGACAAUACUCAGAAAAUUCAACUCUCCAAAAGAGUAUGUAAAAGAAUGAUCAGGGAAAAAGUACUGAAGGGCAUUGGUUAGUGUCACUGAUACACCAAAUAGUGUCCUUCUCUUAUGUCUGUAGGUCUACAUGAUGUAUGUUAUCUCCAGCACACAGAAACCUUGAUAGUUGCUAAUAUCUUGCCUUGUAUUAUUAAUAUUUUUUUACUUCUCAGUAUGACAGAUGUAAAACAGUGUCCAAAAUAUCCCUGUACAUUUGUUUUGUGAUCUAGACGUGAUCUUAAACGUUGCUCCAACAGAAGCCGGAGCAUUAUCACUUCUGCAUGUCUUACAUGCACACAUUGUACUGCUGUAUACUUGUACUGGUCUCUGUAAGUGAUCUGCAGUGUUAUACUGAUAUACAUCUGUGAAUUAGCACUCCUCUGUAACUUAUGUGCAGGAGAUUAUAUUACCAUAUAAAUGUACACACUUGUAUUUUGUUUUGUAAGUGAUGUCUAAUGUUACGUUAAUAUAAAUUUGCGAAUAUUCACUUCUCAGCACUAAUGACAUUUACUAGCAUACACCCGUAUAUGUGCCUAUUUGAUUGUGUUCUAGAAGUGAUCUCUACUGUAAAGUGAUAUAAAUCUGUGAUACUGAGAAGUGGCAAUGCAGUUUAUAUUAGUAUAGUGCACUACAAUAUGCUACGUGUCUGUGUUCACAUGUACCAAAGUGAGCACUUAUGGAGCGCUGCGUUAAGUGCGUACAGUUUCUGUACAGAUAAGCAGCAUGGCAAUAAGUGCUCCUCCAUUGUGACAGAUGAACUCGACUCGCGCAGUCGUGGCACUGUCGUCAUAAACUCUUUCAUUUAAGUGUUUCACAUUUGUGAAGUAGUUAUGUUAAUCUACUGAUAUGCGCUCAAAAUAUUCUUUACUUCUAUGUUUACAGAAGAGUUCUUCGCUCCGAACCGAAACUGAAUUUAAUGUUUACUGGAAUUUUCGCAAUUAAUAUGUUCACUUUGCUGUAGCAAUAAAUGUACCAUAAAAUUACGUAUGUAUUUACAUAUCUGUACAUAUGCAUUAUUAAGAUUAGCAUAAAUGUUGUUGAAUGUACAACAAAAAUAUAUUAAAACACAUUCCUUUAAAAACAUCUGAUCUAAAUAGCCUGAAAAGUUUAAGAAUGUUAGCUUCAUAUAUACCAAGAUACAAAACAACUGAAUAACAAUAUUAAUUAUGCUGUGCUGAUACUUAAGGAAAAUAUUUCCAACAAGGACAACAUAAAAACAAACUUCUUCAAAAACGUCUAACCCCACUAUUUCAUAACAGCCAUAGAGCAUUAUAAAGAUGGACGCUGCCAUAGCUCAGGCAGUUAGCUGUUGGAUUCCCAUGGUAAUGAACCAGGAUCUAUCCCAGGUCCGAUCUUGUAGGAUUUGUGGUGGACGAAGUGGCAUUCUGGCAUGUUUCCUCCGAAUACUUCAGUUUCCCCUGCCAAUUAUUGUUCCAUCAAUUCAUUAAUCAUCCUAUUAUCGAUGCUGUACAUUCUCGUUGUUUACAGCUUCGUUAAAGAACAAAUCAAACCAAUCUAAAUAACAAAAAUAUAAUACAUUUCUUUCAAACAGUACAUACCAGCUAUAACAUUUGCUUGUUGAAUGAUUUGGUCUUUUCAUACAGAAUGAACAGCCACAAAAUUUAUCAGUUUUGCUAAUAGCUACUACUUCAACAUUAACGUUCUAUAUUCCAUUUUCAUUCCAAGUAGAGUUUCAAUGUUCCACUACAUUCAUGCGCGGCACACCACAUUUUAAGUGACCUAAAGUGCAAACAUAAGCAGAACCCUUGAACAGGCAGUUCCUAUAUUUGAGUACAGUUUAUAUAAAUAACUAAUUGAAACAUACUUAUUUAUUAUGUCACAGUUUCCCAGAAUAUGCACGCAGAUAACAAUGCAAAUUUCUUGUGACGGAAGUCGACGCUGUCGACUGAAGCGUAGGUACAGCUCUCACUGCCGCCUCGUGGUCCAUCCCCUGACUACUACUAUCAACUGCUACAUACAUGUUGAGGACAGAAUUAGGAUAACUGAGCAACUCCUCCUCCUCCUCCUUCUUCUAUUGCCGUUGCUCCCACUUGGAGCAUAGAGUAUCUGUGAAAUGCUUUCAUUUCACUUUAGUUUCUUCAUCUAAGACAGUCGGUAGAGCUCCUUGGACAGAGGAUCAGCCCAUCACAAGG